AUGUUUUUUCUUGUUUCAGGUCGAAGUCAUGACAAAUCCUUCAUACUGUUUCGCCUAGGCAAAAAGUCAUCAGCUGGAGUGAAGUCCUUCGCCGAAACUGGAAGGAGCGACAUUCUGGAACAGCAAUCUCAAGGCGAAGGCGGAAUUUACGAUGAAUUUAACGCACCGCCGAUCAAUUCCGGUGUAGGCAGGACUGAAGCUGAAUUUUUCGUCGAUGGAAAUCAUUCUAGGGUGUCUCUAAUGAGUAGAAUAGUCCCAUCGCCUGACUGGUUCAUUGGAAUCGACAGUUUCGACCUUUGCGUCAACGGUAAUUGGCUGGACAGCAUAACGGUCGAGGUGGAUCCUAUCGAUGCCGGAACAGAUAACGGGUUCACGUUUACCGCUCCUAAUUGGCCCACGGAACCUCAGGGGGAAGCUUACAGGAUCACCGCUCAAUAUCCUGCUCAUCCUGCGGGAUCGUUUUUCUAUCCUUAUUUGAAACGAUUACCUCCGAUAGCGACUUUCCAGUUUAUCAAAGUUAAAGAAUACGAACUUUCCGAAGUGUUCCAUCACUCGGAAGACGACAGAAAGUACGAAGUACUGAAAAUGGAACAUUUGUCGGCUAGAAAUGGCGACAUAGAAUCGACGGACAACAACGAUAUUCAGGUGGCCAUCGAGGAAGAACGUCAAGAGCAAGAAAUCCAUCAGAAAUCCAGACCCAAACCGAGAACAAAGACGAAUAAUUAUUAUUCGGCUAGUAAUUAUUACAAACAAUUCGCCUUAUCUACACCAACUAGUACUAGUACUAGUUCGAAUCAGUUUUACAGUACCGAUGGGAACAGUUUAAGUAAUUCAUUGCAUCCGAACGACGUUCCGGUAACGUCCCCGGCUGGAUUUCCGGCUGUGGUUCCACGCGGCAACAAGGAAGCUAUACUGAGCAGUAUUGCUGAUUCGUAUUUGAGCAAACAAGACGCGCAGCCGCAGAAAAAGUACAAGAAGUUUAAGAAGACGUCGAGGAAAUAUCGUCCGCCUCGUGACUGUAGAGUGACGGAAUGGUCCGACUGGAGCCAGUGCAGUAAAUCGUGCGGUAUCGGCGAGAUGCAGCGCAAGCGCGAAAUAGUGAAACACGCGAGACGAGGCGGUCGGCUAUGUCCGGCCCUGACCGAAACCAAAUGGUGCGGAAGCGCCCGAUCGUGUAACAAAGAAUAUUUCAGUUGGUAAUUGAUCGUCACCCAAAAAACAAUUAGAUGUCAACUUGAAUACAUAUCGUAUGUCGUCUGAUGUGGUGCCAACACAACAAAACCAAAAAAAAAUUGACCAGUCCCUGUAUAUUCUAUAUGAGGUUCCAGCGAAAAAAAAAAAAACAUUUAUUAAAAAAAAGAGUAUUCGACUGAUAUAUUUGCUAAAUACGGUGUGGUGUUUUUUCUUGUGUCCGUUAAUUUUUUGGUAGAGACUAUACAUAUAUCGGAUAAAUGUUUCUAUGAUAGAUAGAUUUGUUAAAAAGAAUUCUUCCAAAUUUUUCGUUUUAUAAGUAGACAAUCAAAUAAUAAUCUAGGGGUAUCAAAACUGUCAACAGUGUCAGCCCUCAUUAACAUUUCUUCUUCAUACAAAAAGUUCAGAUCAGGACUGGUCUUUAACCUAGAGUUUUUUUCCUCAAUGAGGAACUCACUAAUUUAUUUUUACUUUGUAUAAUAAUAAUUUUUUUUUAGUUAAUUCUUAGCCAAUUAGUUUAUUUAACACUUAAAUAACAUAUUUGCAAAAUUUACAUUGGGACAAUAAAGUGCUCAUCAUUGAUACCAAAAAAUAAGUUUGGGUGGAUGCAAGUUUGCAUCCAUCAACAAAGUAGUCUUUGCUGAUAUUAACAAAUUUUUAUAUAACUUUAAUGUAAAAUAUUAUAAAUGUAACAAUUGUGUAUAAAAAUACUGACUCUUCGUACUUCGUACUAAUGAUAAUUUGUUAAUUGUAUUUUGUUCGAGUGAUAAAUUCGAUAAAAAGUUUAAAAAACAUAUCAAACAAAC